UGUCAACAAACCAAUCGGGACUGAAGGAUUCCCGCCUGUUCAGUUCCUUGCAUUCCGGAUCUGUGCCUGCAGAAUGUCAGAAUAAUAUGCGAUUGCGAUCAGCAUGCGAUUGAACUCAUGGCCAUUCCCAGAAUCCACCGUGAGUGCCCUGGAACCAUGGAACCAUUGAGCCAUUGAGCCAUUGAUCCACUCGAUACCAUCAGGAUGGGUGCCCUAUUAUUCCAGGGAUAAGCUGGACCCACCUGGGCCACCUGGGCCACUUGGGCCUGGCCUUCAGACCCGCCCCAGGCUCUGGGCCCCCUGAGUGAUUGACCCACGUCUGGAUGCAUGGAUCCCCCGACUCGCUUCUCACUGGAGCCGGAGGCCGGGGGACUGUGGGCCGAUCUGGGUCGACUCACCACCCAUCUACUCCACCCCGUCCCACUCACCACGCCCCAUGGGCCCGCCGGCCCAGCCCGCCUCUGGCGCUCACGCGCCAUGCACACACUACUCCGAUAUCGAUCCCGGGAUCAGCCCGACUCGGGCCCGCCCACCGUCGGGACGGUCUGGGACCAGCUGGCGGCCUGGUGCUUUCAGCUGCGAUUCACGGGUCACUCGGAUGCGGCCGCCGCCAUUCAGCGCGCCGCUCAGGCCAGAUCAAAACUUGCGGAUGCCGCCCCCGUCAUCCAACUCUUAGUGGCCCUAGCUCAACCCCCCACCACGCCCCUCGUCCCACCCACCCCAUCUCGACUGCCUGAACCGGGGCUGGACCGAGCCUUUUACGAUACCAGCCGUACGGGUUCGGCCGUCCGACCCUAUAGCCCAAUCACGUGGCCCGCCCGGCAACCGCCGGAUGGCGUGGGGCCGGCCCGUGUCACAUUACCGACCACACCCGGCACGGGCUUGACCUUCUUGAGUAGCUCCAGCCAGCCCGCGGAUUUGGUGCCCAUCCCGCCCUUAGCCUGGACCUUAGACGAGCAGGGUCGUCGUGGCCUGCGGUGUGCCCGUCCCCCGCCCCCGCCCACCUCGGGGGGCCUCGACCCGCCGGAUGAAGGCUAUGAUUCCCCGCCGCCUGCCGCCCCCACGUCGCCCCAGCUCGAACCCAACCUGUGGCUGGCCCUCCUCUCGCUCGAGAUAUCGGACCAUCGCACGUGGGAAGCCUUAGGCACGCCCCAACCGCCUUUAGCCCGGCCCUAUCUGACCGAAAUGGGUCUGUCGUCCAUGCAUCACGUUUGGCGUUGCAGCUGGGCGCAAUGGCAACACGUGGACCCGAGCUUGGUCAGGCCGGAUUUGGUGGUGCUACCGGCCCCUACCCUCCUCCGUCACAUGGGCUAUCUCAUGAUGGGCAUCGAAUCGCAAACCUUUGGCUACCACCAGCCCAGCCAGUCCUUUCACUGCCGACACAGUGGGCUCACUUUACCGGGGCUGAGUCCGGAGGCCGUAGCCUCGGCCCUCCAAGAGUUGUUGGUGUGCGGGGCUUUUUGCCGCCGAUUAGAACAAUUCUCUGACCUCGAAAGCCAUCCCAGUGCCGCCUCCGGCCCUCGCCACGUGGGUUUAGUAUUGGCCGGCUUUCUCCGCGGACUGGGUCAAUAUUUGCGCGGCUACCGCACGGCCGUGCUCAAUAUCGUGCGGGUCAAAACGCGCCUUUUGGAUCUGCUCUCGGCUCUGCGACCGUUAGCCAUUCAGAUUCAGUUUCUAGGUCGGUUGUGCCAAUUGGGUGAUGACCACCCCGAGCCUUUACCCGUGGGCAUUCAAUUGUUGUGCUAUCUGUUUGAUCGCACCCUGCACAUCCACACCCAGGAUCUCUACUAUGUGAUGGUCUCGCUGCUCAAGCAGAGCGCUCAUCCUUACUUCCGAUUCCUUGAGCGCUGGAUCUUCCAAGGCAUGUGCCAGGAUGAGUUCAACGAGUUCGGCAUCGGGUCCAAUGCGGCGUUUCUGAUGUCACGCAACCGCAUGUUUUGGACCAAUGCGCACACGGUGGCCGAUUUGCCCUUGGACGCCAGUAUUUGUGGGGGUGGGAAUUUCAUCAAUGAGAUCCAACACCAGGUGUACGUGUGCGGCAAGUCCAUGCAUCUGCUCAAGCUGUGCUCGCCCGCCCAUCACUUGUGCUCGCCUCUGGUCUUGGGUCAGCCCACCAUCCAGUUGCUGGUCACGCCCAUCGAGCAAACCCGAUUAAAGGCCAAUUGUGCGGCGUACGUUCAAUCCAUGAGAUCUCUGGCGGAAGACAAGAGUUGCACGCUCAAGAAACAAUUGGAGCUGGAAUUAGCGGAGGAGAAAGAGGUGCUCCAAGUGGCUCGUCGACGACACAAAGAGCAAUUGGACAAGAUCCGAGAGCAUCGGAAGAGUGUCCUAGAACAAGAAGAUCGCCGCAAACGGCUGGCCUUUGAAGAGUUGCGAGACCAAAUGCUCGAGGAGAAACGCCGCAAAGAAGCUGAGAAGGAGCUCAAGCGAGCCGAGGAUCGCCAGUUCGCCCGAUUGGCGGCCCAGAAAGCCGCCCAGGAUGUGCUCAAAGAGCAGGCCGAAAAGGCCGAACAAGAGGCCCUCAAUCAGCGAAGAAUGCGAGCCGCUCAUCAGCGAGAGAUUCGAAACGAUUGGCGAAUUCGCCGAAUGGAACUCAAAAGCCAGCGAAUCCUCUUCUGGCGAAAAGAGAACAAGAAAACACAAGUGGAACUGAAGAGGAUCCAAAUGUUGGAGGACGAGGCCAGACGAGUCCAGCAGUCGGCCUCGGAGACCCGCUGGAAAAGGCUCAAGGUGAAAGAGGACGAGCAACGGAAUAUUGUGCUCGUCCUCGAGGAUGAGGAGUCCAAUGUGGUCACGGCGAUCCUUGGCGAUUUCUUCACAUUCUCCGACGACAUGCAGCACAGGAUCCUCACCGAGGACUUCAACACACUCCCGGUUUGGGUGCGGGAACAAUGUCUGUCUCACUGGCGAGUCGAGUCCUCCUCCUCCUCCGAUUCAGAACCGCAAACCGACUCGUCGCGAUUCUCUCGGCGAUCAUCCAAGUUGAAUUCCUCGCAAAAGCGAAAACGACCCGAUUCCUUCAUCGAGAACGCCGAGAGCGACAAGAAGAUCGAGGCCCUCGACAAUUUGGCCGCCGUUCGAAAGCCUCAAGAACCGCCAAUCUACGUGUCCUUGAGCUCGGCAUUGGAAAAGAGUCCCUCCAAUGGUGAACACACCACCGAUGACAACGGCAAUCCCACAACACGACGAACCCGUGCCCGCCCCACGGAUCUCUCGGUGAUCGAUGGGCGACGCAGAGCCGUGACCUCCUCCAAGACGAUUGAAGAGGUCCUCUAUCCAUCCAGGUUCGCGAAGAAGGGCAAGGUCUCGCAGAGCCCGAUCACACCUUCUCAUCAGACCCAAUUUGAUUUGAUCGAAGCCCGUUUGAAAGUGCGGCCAUACGCACAGAGCUUCCCGAAUUUGGGAGCCCCCGAGGUUCAACGGUUCUCUUCGUUUUUCGACACGCCUCAUCCACCGGGAAAGGAGUUCGACCCUCAAGCCUUCACUCCACUGUCCAUGCUCAUGGAGAACUCGAUCCUGAUCCCAUUGAGAGCCCAACUCCAAGUGGUGAACGAGUCCAUGUUGAACUACAUGUUGGUGGAAGCCCAACUCAUGGACGAGCUCAAGGCUCUGAGGAGCUACUUGCUCCUUCAUGACGGCGAGUUCGCUCAGCACUUGGCCAGGUCCAUCUUCAGCGAGGUGUCGGAGGCCAAGACCGCCAGCGAGAUCCUCAAUCCGGUGACGCUCAACCGGAUUGUGGAGAACUCGCUCAUGACCUCGGUCCAAGGGCGGAAAGACGGGAAACACGGGAAAGCCCAGAACGUGGGGUUCACCUUCCACGACUACAACGACGCCAAGGACAUCUUGGAUUGUCUGAAGUUGGGCUACCGCACCACGUGGCCCACCAACAUCAUCAUCACGCCCGAGACCGUAGAAAUGUACGGGGACGUGUUCAAGUUCCUGCUCCAAUUGAGGAAAGCGGCCUGGGGAUUGGAGCAGGUCUUUUUCGAUCUCAAGCAUCUCCGAGGAUUGGAGCAUUGCUCGCAGAUCCGUCAGAUCCACCUGAUGCGGCACGAGAUGUUGAAUUUCGUGACCAUCACGCAAGAUUACGUGACCACGCAAGUGUUGGACGUGUCUUGGGGCGAGUUCGAGAAAGCGAUUCGCGAGCAAGUCAAAUCGUUGGAUUCCCUCUACGAUGCUCAUAUGAAAUACUUGAACAAAAUCCUUUUCAGGUGCAUCUUAAAUAAGAAGGCCAAGCCCGUUCAGAAGAUCAUCAUCGACAUUUUCAACAUUGUGGUCAAGUUCUCGUUACUCCUGACAAGUCAGCCUUGGAUCCUGGAGUCUGGAGAGGCCAAACACCCGGCAUACUCGCAAAUCCAGGAAGCAUACCGGGUGUUUCAGGAGUACUCCAAGUUUCUGUACACAGAAUGGAUAUUUAAACGACGAAGCAAAAGUGGUGCAAAAACUGGCUGUGAGAGGUUACGAACACCACCUCUACGAUUUGUUGCUCUGCCUCAACUUUAACGGAUAUUAUGACACGAAGAGAGCGACUCUUGAAUGAAGGAAUAUAUACGUUAUGGAACACAAGUACAUGCUUAGAUUUUAAAAUAGAUUUCUAUGGACUAGUA